GCCCCGCUUCCGGGCUGGGGGCGGGCGCGGCCCGGAGCGAGCGCAGCCCGAACAGACGGCGGGGGACCGGAGCCGACAGGCCAGUUCUCCCAGGACUGCCGCCUGGAGAGUCACUGCUGGAUUGCCACCCUGUCACCAUGGGUGUCCCAGAGGGGCGCUUCCAUUUUGCCAUCGACCGUGGAGGCACCUUCACAGACGUCUUUGCCCAGUGCCCGGGGGGGCACGUGAGGGUCUUGAAACUGCUCUCAGAGGACCCUGCCAACUAUAUGGAUGCCCCCACCGAAGGCAUCCGCCGCAUCCUGGAGCAGGAGGGGGGCAUGCCAUUGCCACGGGACCAGCCGCUGGACACCAGUCGCAUCGCCAGCAUCCGCAUGGGCACCACAGUGGCCACCAACGCGCUGCUGGAACGGCGGGGGGAGCGACUUGCACUGCUGGUGACUCGAGGCUUCCGAGACCUGCUGCAUGUGGGCACCCAGGCCCGCCAGGACCUCUUUGACCUGGCUGUGCCCAUGCCCGAGAUGCUGUACGAAGAGGUGCUGGAAGUGGACGAGCGUGUGGUGCUGUACCGAGGGGAGCCGGGUGCUGGGACACCUGUGAAAGCUGGGGGCUUCCUGGCAGGCCGCACAGGGGACCUGCUGGAGGUGCAGCAGCCUGUGGACCUGGAGGCCCUGCGUGGGAAGCUGGAGGGGCUCCUGUCACGAGGCAUCCGCAGCCUGGCCGUGGUGCUCAUGCACUCCUACACGUGGGCCCAGCAUGAGCAGCAGGUGGGCAUGCUGGCCCGGGAGCUGGGCUUCGCACAUGUGUCGCUGUCCUCAGAGGCCAUGCCCAUGGUACGCAUCGUGCCCCGGGGGCACACGGCCUGCGCAGACGCCUACCUCACGCCCACCAUCCAGCGCUACGUGCAGGGCUUCCGCCGCGGCUUUCAGGGUCAGCUCAAGGACGUGCAGGUGCUCUUCAUGCGCUCUGACGGCGGCCUGGCGCCCGUGGACUCCUUCAGCGGCUCCCGCGCUGUGCUCUCUGGCCCUGCCGGGGGUGUGGUUGGCUACGCAGCCACCACCUACAGGGUGGAGGGCGGCCACCCUGUCAUUGGCUUUGACAUGGGAGGCACGUCCACUGACGUGAGCCGCUACGCAGGGGAAUUUGAGCACGUCUUCGAGUCCAGCACAGCGGGUGUCACCCUCCAGGCCCCUCAGCUAGACAUUAACACGGUGGCAGCUGGUGGGGGCUCACGCCUCUUCUUCAGGUCGGGCCUCUUCGUGGUGGGGCCGGAGUCUGCAGGAGCCCACCCGGGCCCCGCCUGCUACCGCAAAGGAGGCCCUGUGACAGUGACGGAUGCUAAUUUGGUCCUGGGUCGCCUGCUGCCUGCCUCCUUCCCCUGCAUUUUUGGGCCGGGAGAGGACCAGCCACUGUCCGCGGAGGCCUCCCGAAAGGCCUUGGAGGCUGUGGCCACUGAAGUCAAUAGCUUCCUGACUAGUGCGCCUUGCCCGGCGCCCCCGCUGAGCCUGGAGGAGGUGGCCAUGGGGUUUGUGCGAGUGGCUAACGAGGCCAUGUGCCGGCCCAUCCGGGCCCUCACACAGGCACGAGGCCACGACCCCUCGGCCCAUGUGCUGGCUUGCUUUGGGGGAGCUGGUGGGCAGCAUGCGUGUGCCAUCGCCCGGGCGCUAGGCAUGGACACCGUGCACAUUCAUAGGCAUAGUGGGCUGCUGUCGGCACUGGGGCUGGCCUUGGCAGAUGUGGUACACGAGGCACAGGAGCCCUGCGCCUUGCCCUACACUCCUGAGACCUUUGUGCAGUUGGACCAGAGGCUGAGCCGCCUGGAGGAGCAGUGUGUGGAUGCCCUGAGGGCCCAGGGCUUUCCCAGGUCCCAGAUCAGCACUGAGAGCUUCCUGCACCUGCGCUACCAGGGCACAGACUGCGCCCUGAUGGUGUCUGCCCACCAGCACCCAGCCACUGCCCGCUCACCCAGAGCUGGCGACUUUGGGGCGGCCUUCGUGGAGAGGUACAUGAGAGAGUUUGGCUUUGUCAUCCCUGAGCGGCCGGUGGUGGUGGACGACGUGCGGGUGAGGGGCACCGGCCGCAGUGGCCUUCGCCUCGAGGAUGUCCCGAAUGCCCAGAGUGGGCCUCCCCGGGUAGACAAGGUGACCCAGUGCUUCUUUGAGGGGGGCUACCAGGAGACCCCCGUGUACCUGUUGGGAGAGCUGGGCUAUGGGCACAAACUUCAGGGGCCCUGCCUCAUCAUUGACAGCAACAGUACCAUCCUGGUGGAGCCAGGCUGCCAGGCGGAGGUGACUGAGACCGGGGAUAUCCGCAUCGGCGUGGGUGCCGAGGCCCCCAGCACGGUGGGUGCCCAGCUCGACCCCAUCCAGCUGUCCAUCUUCUCCCACCGUUUCAUGAGCAUUGCUGAGCAGAUGGGCCGCAUCCUGCAGCGCACGGCCAUCUCUACCAACAUAAAGGAGCGCCUGGACUUCUCCUGCGCCCUCUUCGGGCCCGAUGGGGGGCUGGUCUCCAACGCCCCCCACAUCCCCGUGCACCUGGGCGCCAUGCAGGAGACCGUGCAGUUCCAGAUCCAGCACCUGGGGGCUGACCUCCAUCCCGGCGACGUGCUGCUGAGCAACCACCCCAGUGCAGGAGGCAGCCAUCUCCCAGACCUGACUGUCAUCACACCGGUGUUCUGGCCUGGUCAGGCGCGGCCCGUGUUCUACGUGGCCAGUCGUGGGCACCACGCGGACAUUGGGGGCAUCACACCAGGUUCCAUGCCCCCCCACUCCACCGCCCUGCAGCAGGAAGGGGCCGUCUUUCUGUCCUUCAAACUCGUCCAGGGGGGUGUCUUCCAGGAGGAGGCGGUAACUGAAGCCCUGCAGGCACCAGGCAAGAUCCCCGGCUGCAGCGGGACACGGAACUUGCAUGACAACCUGUCAGAUCUCCGUGCCCAGGUGGCAGCCAACCAGAAGGGCAUCCAGCUGGUGGGCGAGCUCAUUGGGCAGUAUGGCCUGGACGUGGUACAGGCCUACAUGGGCUAUAUUCAGGCAAAUGCCGAGCUGGCCGUGCGGGACAUGCUGCGGGCCUUUGGAAGCUCCCGGCAGGCCCGGGGGCUGCCCCUGGAGGUGUCUGCCGAGGACCAUCUGGACGACGGCUCCCCGAUCCGACUCCGCGUGCAGAUCAACCUGAGUCAGGGUAGCGCCGUGUUUGAUUUCAGCGGCACCGGGCCCGAGGUGUUUGGCAACCUCAACGCUCCACGCGCCAUCACGCUGUCUGCCCUCAUCUACUGCCUCCGCUGUCUGGUGGGCCGCGACAUCCCGCUCAACCAGGGCUGCCUGGCCCCCGUGCGUGUUGUGAUUCCUAGAGGCUCCAUCCUAGACCCGUCCCCCGAGGCAGCCGUGGUGGGCGGCAAUGUGCUCACGUCGCAGCGUGUGGUGGACGUCAUCCUGGGGGCCUUCGGGGCCUGUGCCGCCUCCCAGGGCUGCAUGAACAACGUGACCUUGGGCAAUGCCCACAUGGGCUACUAUGAGACCGUGGCAGGCGGCGCGGGUGCGGGCCCCGGCUGGCACGGGCGCAGCGGCGUGCACAGCCACAUGACCAACACGCGCAUCACCGACCCGGAGGUCCUGGAGAGCAGGUACCCGGUCAUUCUGCGUCGCUUCGAGCUGCGACGGGGCUCCGGGGGCCGAGGCCGCUUCCGGGGAGGUGAUGGUGUCAUCCGUGAGCUGCUUUUUCGUGAGGAGGCCCUGCUGUCCGUUCUGACAGAGCGCCGUGCCUUCCAGCCCUACGGCCUCCUUGGGGGUGAGCCCGGUGCCCGCGGGCUAAACCUGCUGAUCCGCAAGGAUGGCCGGACGGUGAAUCUGGGCGGGAAGACCUCGGUGCCCGUGUACCCCGGGGACGUGUUCUGCCUUCACACUCCAGGAGGCGGGGGCUAUGGGGACCCGGAAGACCCUGCCCCACCGCUGGGGUCACCCUCGCAGCCCUUGGCCUUCCCGGAGCGCGGCAGCGUCUAUGAGUACCGCAGGGCACAGGAGGCUGUGUGAGAAAGGGCCACACAAUAAAGAUCCCUGAGGUCCCUGUUCCCAUGGCAACCA